AAAUUAUAAAUGUACUCUCCAAAAUUACUUUAUACUAUUGAACAACCUCAUGGCCUUGGAGAGCUAUAUUUUUUAUGGCAAAAGGGGGAGUCACACUCCUUGCUUGCAACUACUGGUACGGAUGCCACAGUGGCUAUUCAUGAUCGAUCAGGCCAAUUGCAGGAGAGAUUAAAACUCUCGGGCCUUUGUGCGGGGAUGGAGUGGGACAAUGAUGGUGACUACUUGGCCAUCAUUACACCAAACAGCAACUCUGUUCUAUUAUGGGAGUGCCAUGCCAACAAGCGAGUAAACAUAGAGACUGGGCUCCGUGAACCUCCAUCUUGUUUGGCAUGGUCUUAUGGAGAACCAUUAUUAGCAAUAGGAACCCAGAAAGGAAACUUAGCAUUAUAUAACCACCACACUACAAAGCGAAUACCCAUAAUAGGAAAACAUACAAAGAAAAUCACAUGUGCGGCUUGGAAUAGAGAUAGCAUACUGGUGCUUGCUUCAGAUGAUAAAAACUUAUCUAUCAAUAAUUCAGAUGGUGACACGCUAAGAAUGAUUACUUUGCGUGAUAUUCCAAAUGAUUUACAGUUUUCCGAAAUGAAAACAGAUGAAAGGAUUGCAGGUGAAAAUACAAUUAGCCUUGUGGUUGGAAAGAGAACAUUAUACUUAUACAAUCUUCUUAAUCCUGAAAAUCCUAUAGAGCUGGCAUUUCAGCAAAGAUAUGGUUCCAUCGUAUCUUAUAAGUGGUAUGGUGAUGGUUACAUUCUUAUUGGAUUCAGUGCGGGAUAUAUAAUAGCCAUAUCUACUCAUAUAAAAGAAGUGGGAGAGGAAUUGUUCCAAGUCAAGAAUCAUAAGGAAAAUUUGACAGAUAUCGCUAUAUUGAAUGGACAGGCCGCUUCAUGUGGAGAUGGACAGUUGAAGUUGAUAGAUGUAUGGAACAGUGGCGAAGUGUGCGGCUCGGUGCAGCCGGUGGGCGGGGCCGAGCGCUGCGCGUGGAGCGCCGACGGGCGCCUGCUGGCCACGGCCGGCCGCGGGUACCUCGGCGUGUACGUCACCACGCUGCCGCCGCUCUACGCCGCGCACGGGACGAGGGCCGUCACGCUCACUAACUUGACCGAGCUCACCGUCUACCAGUGCAUCGCCGUCGGGGACGAGCCGGACCCGGUCAACAAGGCGGAACCAACGCCACUCGCGAGCUACGCCGUGGCGACGGAGCCGAGCGUGAUCGCGCUGGGCGCGGCGCACGUGUGCUGCGUGAGCGGCCAGCAGGGCUCGUUCUACCCGCUGGGCGGCGGGCCCCCGCUGCGGCGCCAGUACCCCGCCGCCGUGGACGUGCUGCGCGUGGCGGGACACUACGCCGCCGCCGCGUGCCGGGGCCGCGCCGUGCUGCACGCGAUCGAAACGCCUGACACGUCGCAGCCGGAGCGGGAUGCGAUGAUAUUCCCGGAACCGCACAUGCAGGGGGCAAAAAUAGUCGACAUACAUCUCACGACCGAUUUCUUCAUAUUCGUCACAGACCAAGGUCACGUGGAGUACUUCGGCGUGGAGGAGUGGCGCACGUGCUCGCGGUACAAGCACGCGUGCGGCGUGGCGGCGCUGCACUGCGACAUCGCGGGCGCGCGCGCGCUGCUGCGCGACGAGCGGCGCCGCGCGCACGUGUACAGCGCGCCCGCCGCCGAGCUGUGCGCGCUGCCGCACGAGCGCAGUUAUAAGGGCGCCAUAUGGGACAUCUGCCUGUCGGACCGCAACGUGUUCGCGGCGUACACGGGCGACGCCGUGGACACGUACUACUACUCGCCGCACUCCACCCAAGGCUCGCACGUGGACUUCAUAGCCAGCACCAGCCUGCUGCCCGACCAGAUACCGCUCAUAUUGUUCUCCGGUGACGUGUACUGCUACGUCAGUGGGGGGAAUGUGAUAAAAGUUGCAUUGGAGUCGCAUAACACCAGCGGUCUAGCCGACGUCGAUACAGAGAAACGUUUGGCUAAUCAGAGGAAGCACAUCGAAAAGUUGCUGCUGCUGCGACGCUUCUCCGAAGCGUGGCUGUUCUGUGACGCGGUGGAAGAGGACGAAAUGUGGAGGAAGUUGGGCGAAGCGGCAAUUGCCGAUUUGAACGUGGAAUUUGCUAUUAGAGUUUACACGAAAUUAAACGACGUGGCUAUGGUUUGGGCUCUCGAAGACGCAUCACAUAUUGAAGAACUUCCCAUUUUAUGCGGCGCGCUGUGCGCGUGCGCGGACCGCGGCGAGGCGGCGGCGCGCUGGCUGCAGGGCGGCGGCGCGCUGGCGCUGGAGCUGCACGCGGCGCGCGGCGAUUGGGCGCGCGCCGCCGCGCUGGCCGACGCCGCGUGCCCGGCGCGCCGCCCCGCGCUGGCGCUGCACCGCGCCGAGCACCUCGAGCUCACGGCCGACUACCACGAGGCGCUCGCCAACUACGAGAGGAGCAUGAUCGCCGGGAGCCAGGCCGACGUCCGGACGAGGGAGCAUAACGCGAAGUGCGAGGCCGGCAUCGCUCGUAUGUCGAUUCGGUGCGGCGACGUCGUGCGAGGUGUCACCACCGCGAUGAAGUAUUCGCACGACGUCGGCCUGCUCAAGGACUGCGCGCAGCUCCUCGAGGAGGAGAAGCAGUACUCGCACGCGGCGGCCCUGUACGAUCACGCGGGGAACGCGGAGAGGGCGGCCUCCUUGUAUAUUAAAUUGAAAUCCUGGUUGAAAGUGGAAGCCCUGAUACCGAAGAUCAAUUCGCCGAGCAUUCACUUGCAGUACGCUAAGGCUAAAGAAGCGGAGGGCAGAUACGGCGACGCUCUGAAGUCGUAUCUGAAAGCCCAGGACUACGAGUCGGCGAUACGAUUGAAUUUGGACAAGCUGGACGACAUCGACGAGGCUGUGAAUUUGGUGCAAGAGACGAAAUCGGUUCAGGGAGCUAAGAUGGUCGCUAACUACUUCCAAAACAGCGACGACCCGACGUCGGCAAUUAAAUUUCUUAUUAUGUCAUUGUGUUACGACGAGGCAUUCCAAUUGGCUAGGAAGAAUGGCAAACUCAGUUUAUACGGAGAGAUUUUAAUACAGACGUCACAAGCGAGGCCAGAGGAUUUCAAGAGUUUAGCGUUGCAUUUUGAGGGAGAGAAGAAUGAUCUGCUGGCGGGGAAGUUUUAUUUUCAUGCUGGGGAGUAUAAUAAGGCGAUGUCACAUUUACUGAAAGCGGGAAGGUUAGAGGGGGAGGAGAAUGAGGCUAUUACGAUCGCGACAGAUGUGGUCGCGGCCUGCGAUGACGAUAGACUAACUAGGAGAUUGAUCGAGUUUUUGUUGGGUGAAGUUGAUGGCAAUCCACGUGAUCCGCGUUAUUUGUUUCGACUUUACAUGGCUAAGAAACAAUUCACAGAGGCAGCGAAAACAGCUGUGAUCAUAGCGGGCGCGGAGUGCGGCGCGGGGCGGUACCGCGAGGCGCGUGACGUCACGCGGGGCCUGUGCGGCGCGCUGCGGGCGCGGGGGGUGGCGGCGCCGCGCGACCUGACGCGCGCGCUCGCGCUGCUGCACUCCUACAUACUGGUUCGUACGCACGUGAAGCGCGGUCGGCACGACCUCGCCGCGAGGUUGCUUCUGCGCACGGCCGCAGAAGUUUCAUUUUUCCCGACGCAGCAACAUCAAGUUUCAAUCCUGACGUCCACGGUGCUGGAGUGCGCGCGCGCAGGAUUGCGGGUGCAGGCGCAUCGCUGGGCCCGCGUGCUCAUGCAGCCGGAAUACCGGUCGCAGAUCGAGCCAAAGUACGUUAAGAAGAUCGAGUCGGUGGUGCGUCACCCGCCGCGCGAGGCGGCGCCGCCGGAGCCCGCCGAGCCGUGCCCGCGCUGCGGCGCCGCGCUGGCGCCGGCCGAGCUGCGCUGCGCGCGCUGCGAGGCCGACGUGCCCUUCUGUCUCGCCACGGGUAUGCACAUCAUUAAAGAUGAUUUAACGGCGUGUCCCGAAUGCGACUUUCCCGCCAUAUUAUCAGAAUUCAAAGAAUUGUUACGUGAAGAAGGAAAAUGUCCGAUGUGCGGCGAAGCCGUAGAUUAUCGGCGACUUGUAAAAAUAGACGAUGUGACAUUGUAUUUAGACUUUAAGAGCGGCGAAUAAGGUUCAUAUUACGAUGAUUAUUUUUAAGUCGAAUAUCCAUGUGAUUACAAUCCGUCCUUGUAUUGAUAAGAGCGUUGCUCCAAUUUUAUAGUUUAUCAGGGAAUUAUAAACUAUACCGAUUACUUCGAAAAUGAGCUAUUGAAUAAUAACU